UUUUUUUUUUCACUCCUGAUUUCCUAUCAUAUCCACUAUAGCUUUCCUCCCUUCUUUCUUCCCUCCAAAAUCAAUCAUUAGCAGCAUCAACAUCAACGUCAAUAGCAACAUACAAACGACGGUUCAUCAAUGUCGGAAUGUACGGGCGUGAAGCUCGACUCCAAUAAGCAUCUGACGCUGACCAACAAUGAUCGUUACACCUUCUCAACGGCGCCUAGCGGCAAUCCCAAUACGUGUGUGCUUACUCGGAAGGGCAAUACCGUCAAGGAUGAUUGUACAAUUGAGUUGGCGACGGCUUGUUCCAACAUCACCAUUAAGCAAGCAGUCCCUAAACCCCCACCCUCAUCUCCACCUUCUCUUGUAACAACACCACCAGCAUCAACAUCGACAGCACCAGACCCAAUGCAUGAUCAGACCAUUGCACCGUUCACGUCUUUUCCUUCUCCAUUACCGACAGACGCUACAACAUCAGCAGCAAUGCCCUUGCCUUCCUCGGCAAGUGGUGGCAAUAGCAGCUCAUCAUCUCUACCCUGGACAGCUAUUAUUGCGGGGUCAGCAGCAGGAGGCGUGCUUUUGUUGGUGGGACUGAUUUUACUGAUUGUUUGUAUGAGGAGACGAAGGCGCCAGAGCAAGGUCCAAGAAAAGCAUGGUGAUGGUUUACUUGAUGGACAUCAUCACUCACGAGGUAGUGAGGUUGAUCUGGAUCCUUACGAUGAGAAACCGCCAAUGCACAUUAGUAGCCCCACAGGUUUGACUCGUGCAGGUGGAGCGACGGCAGCAGCAGCAGCAGCAGCUUGGGCUCAAGCCGGAGGCGAUGACGAUGAGCGAUAUUGGAAGAGAAAUAAUAGUAAUCGAGCGAUAGCUGAAGCUGCUAGUGCCCGUAAUAGUGCACAAACGUCCACGGCUGCAUUGUCUCGGUAUGGUAGUAAUACUCGCAGCGGUCGGGGUAGUCGUACGGUUGGUGCUAAUCAUCAUAGUGACAGUGGCACGACGCCGCUUACGGUCGAUACGUCAGAACGACCGAUGAAAAAUAACACUGGGAACAGACAUUUGAACGGCAGUCCAAGUAGUAUUAGUGGAUCAACUGUUGUCUCUAACCCACACUCUGAUGAGCAACAGCGGUAUCAGCAUUACCAUCAACAGAGACAGCGUCAGCUGUCUUCUUCUCGGGGAUCCUCUCCGUCUAGGUCUGUAGCACCUUCGUUAUUGUCAUCAGCUUCGCCUGCUGCACCUAGGACAGAGAGUCGACUAUCAGAUAACUCCAACGGAGAUUCAUAUCCUACUCCUCCUCAAUUUCCAAGAAAACCUCAGCCCGUAGCCACAUCUGUUGCAUAUACACCCAAGAGUACAUAUGUUCCAGGAAAUGUAUCAAGGGCAUCCAAUUCGACAUCAGUAUCAUCUGGAUCUGCAACUACAACUACACCAGCAUCUUUAUUGACUAGUGGAUUGACUCCUGCGGAAGCAGCAGCAUUAGCAGCGGCAGCGGCAGCGGCAGCGGCAGCAUCGUCAUCAACAACAACAACAACAACAACAACAAGCAAUACCGUAGAAGGACCGAUAUCGCCUCCGCCCAGAAGACGAGCACCCAAAGUACGUAAAAACCCACCGGCUAUGGCGGAAACUGUGUCAGAAGUAAAUCCAAUAUCAGCACCCUUACAGCCUUCAAUGAUGGCACGGUCGGAGCCUGUAUACGAGCCUGAACCCGAACCCGAACCCGUAAAUCCAUCACAGACACCAAUGGAGCGACCGGAAUCCGAAUAUCUGGGAGGAUAUAUUGAUCUUAUUCCGAUCUAUGAGACGCCUAUUUUACCUAAUGCGACACUGCCAAAUGGGUCAAGUGAAGGUAGUAAUGGUUACAGCCAGGGUCAAGGAUACCAUGAUGAUCGUGACCGCCAGCAGUUCAAGCUGAAUGCGGAAGCAGAGCAAGAGUAUACACGACUGAAUUUAGGAAGGAAGCCGACCACUGCAACUCAAGGCGGUGAUAAUGAUAACAAGUCAGAAAUUAAUUAUCUUUGAAAUGUAAAAAAAAAGAAAAGAUAAAAAGGCUUUGUAGAUAGCAACGAAUUCAUGAAAAUACAAUUUAUUUACUAUUGCAGCU